AUGCAAAACCCCCCUCAAGUUCUACUAGGAAAUCCACCCAUUCAAAAUUCAGCUGAAAACCCGGUACCAAUUCCAGCACAAAAUGCACAACCAGCCCCCAAAGGCGAUCUCAUAUCAUUUGAUGAAAACCCACCAAUGCACCAGCCAGCCCAGCUGAGAGAAGUAAAUGUGCAGGCAGUCGACCUUUUAACUGAUGAUAUUCCAGAUAUAAAAGUGGGGCCAAAUGAAGAAUGGUUUGAUUUAAUGGAAAAACUUGAAGAUAAUGAGGAUAAUGAACCUAGUGAUUCAGAAUAUGACACAGCUGAUGAAGAUCCUGACGUAAAUUAA